AUGGCGUUUGCGGUGCACCAUGAGCGGGUGCCCGCGAGUGGCGUCGAGCACUGUGUAGCGAUCCGGCUCGUCCGCGACGAAGCAGCAUGGCCACCGAGUCGCGGCCGCCUCGUGUGUCAUGCGGUUCUUGCGCGCGAAAAUGUACUGCGUGUGAUGGAGGUACGUCAGCGGGCGGAUGGUGCGUGUGUGUUGGUGCAGGUCGGCAUGCACCACCUAUUUGGCCAAGUGACGGGUCUACAUGCGGUGCGCACGCUCGCUUCGCAGAUAGAUGGGCGAGAUCGUUUGCUCAUUUCUUUUCGCGAUGCCAAAGUAUCGCUGAUGGAGUGGGAUGACGUGUACCAUGAUCCUACGGCUAUUUCGCUGCACACGUUUGAGCGUGCGCCACCUCUGGCACAGGGUUUGCCGCCGACGUUCGUGCCACACACGAUGGUGGAUCAGGCAAGCCGAUGCGCCGCCCUCCUGCUCCCGCAUGACACCCUGGCGAUCGUACCGCUCGUCCAGGACGUCACGGAACUGGGCGCCGACGACCCCAAAGAUAUCCCGCUGCUGGAGCAGGUGCCGUACAUGCCCUCAUUCGUCCUGUCGUUCCGCGACGACAUUGAUGAGCACAUCCACAAUGUGCGUGACUGCGUGUUCUUACCUGGCUUCCAAAAUCCAACGCUGGCUGUGCUGUACGAGAGCCAACUCACAUGGACCGGCAGCCUGACGCAAGCACGGCGUACGAUGCAAGUGUGUUUUGUCACGCUUGACCUGACCGUCACCAAAUACCCCGUUACCGUGACAAGCGACGCGCUGCCCUAUGAUGCGCUCUACCUCGUUGCGUGCCCUGAGUCACUGGGCGGCGUACUGGUUGUGACGCCAUCGUCGCUUAUGCACCUUGAUCAGACGGCACGCAUGGUUGGUGUGAGUGUCAAUGGGUGGACUGAUCAAACGACGCCCGAUAUAGGGCUGAGGCGUGCGACCGAACUGUCCGCAGACCUGGAUCUUCAAGAAUCUGUGCUCGUAUUUACAGAUGCCCACCGUGCCCUUCUAUCUCUGCGCAGUGGGCGCAUGUACACGGUCGAGUGCGCCGUCGAAGGGAGGACAGUGACACGCCUCGUGCUGGGCGAAGUACACGUGCCGGAGCGCCGUGGCGGCGCUGCAUGUAUGCAAAUGCUGUCUUCUUCGCUCGUGCUAUGUGCCUCGAUGCAAGAUGACACGUACCUUUAUGUCAUGGAAGAUCAGAGGGCGCCACAAGCUCCCAUCGUGCCAGCCGCACCGCUGGGCGAUGACGAAGAGCUAGAUCUGUACGGCAGUGCCGAUCCCACGCCGCCAGCUCCAACACAGGCCGUGCACCUGCAUGUUCACGACACACUCCCAACACUCGCCCCUCUGAACGACGUUGCACACGGCCUCGCUUGCGACGCGCAGGGUCGCACUCGACCGCUCAUGGUUGGUGCGCUGCAGCAUGGCCUUGUGGUGCUGGAGCCGCGCCUCUCUUGUUUCAAAGAGCGGACUCUAGUACCUGCACGAAGCGUAUGGAUAGCGCUUCGGCAGGCGUUGCUUUUUGCACAAAGCGACGACGAUGACAAGGCAUGCGCUGUCUACAAGCUGGACACCCUGUCCUUGGUGGCUGAACAUCCGCAUGACACGCUGGCAUGUGGAACGGUCGGCGACUAUGCGGUGCGUGUCACGACGCAGGGUAUCCAAGUGCUGGAUGAGCAUGCCCAGAUGGUUCGGGAGAUCAGCUCGCCGUGCCAUCGCGCCACUUUGACUGAGUCAUACGUGGUCCUAGUCGGCCAGGAAGCAUCCGUGUGGACGAUCGACGGCACCUGCGUCGUGCAAGUCGCCUGCCAAUGUGCUGACGUCACCAGCGAUAUGCUCGUGUGCGUCUUGCCUGACGGACGCCUAGCGCUGCACUCGCUACCGGACGGUGCCUGUACAUGGCAGUCGCAGGCGUCUCUUACGACACUGCCCGCCCUUCUUAGCGAACAUACCGCAUCAGAAGAUCUUGUCGUUGCACACAUCAAAUGGUGCAAAUUGACUGAUGUGCCUGUCCUUCUCGUGCAAUAUACCCAGGGCCUUCUAGCCAUGUACGAGAUACGUGAUACCAUGUCCCUUGUUCUCGUCGACGCUUAUAUGCUACGUGCCCCAUCCACGGCUCUCGUGCCGCUCUCGCUCUUCGGUCGAUCAUGUAUCGGAGUCGCAGGGCCCCACUCGCUUGUCAUUGUGCGUGACCGAAAAGGCCCACCGUUAUGGCUCGAGACAAGCAUGCCAUUCUCAUCCAUGUGCGACCACGCCUCGGGUUUCGUGGGCGUGCACGAGGGCGAAGCGAGCGUUUGGACUGUGCCGCCCCUUGAGGUGGAUGCACCUGUGCCUUACCAGCGAUGGGCGACACGCACAUAUACACACGUCGCUAUUCACGAGGAAACAGGCUGCUUGGUGGCCUCAUCGGCACAGCCCACGCAAUUUGUGCUCUAUUCCGAGGAGGAAGAGCCCGUGCGUGAUCCAGCGCUGGAUCCGUCGCCGACGUAUUCGGAACGCGGCGCUCUCGAGCUCUUUGCGCGCAUCGGCGAACCACCGAUCCACGGCCAUGAGUUUGAGCCAUGCGAGACAGUCACAUGCAUCCACAUGGCCCCGCUGGAUGCUUUGGAUCGCCGUUCGGGACGCCGGACGUUUGUGACGGUCGGUACGGUCAUUUCGCACGGUGAAGACCGCACAGCUAAGGGAUUUAUGUACGUCUUUGACAUUGUCCAAGUGGUGUCGGGUGCACUGCGUCUGCGUCUCAUGUGUGCCGAGGAAAUGCGCGCGCCCGUAACGACUCUCCACGAUUUAAACGGCUUUCUCGUCGCAUGCGUGGGCCAAAAGCUGCUCGUUCGUUCAUGGGAAUUGGGUGAGUGGCUCGUGACUGUGGCAUUUCUGGAUCUCGGCAUGUACGCCACUAGUGUCCAGCGCGUGAAGAACUUUCUGCUCGUAACCGACGUGCAACAAGGCGCGUACUUUUGUGCGUUCCAAGAAGAUCCUGCACGUCUCGUGCUUCUCGGCCGCGAGUAUGCUCCAGCUUGCCUCUUACAAGGCGCCAUGCUCAUCGACCACAAACGCUUGGCCAUGGUGACGUGUGACGUGGGGGGCUGUAUCCGCCUGCUCGACUAUGCACCUUCGAAUCCCACGAGUCUCGGUGGCCAGCGCCUCCUGGUGCGUUGUGAAUACCAUGCACCGGGCGACGCGGUGCGUGCCCUCAUGCUCCAUGGACCACGCAACGCGAAUGGCGAGCGGCUCACGUCGGAAAUCGUGCUGGCCAAAAGCAACGGCGCCAUCGAUGUACUUGUGCCCGUGUCUGCCAAAAUCUAUCCGACACUGCAGCUUUUCCAGAGCCAGCUGGUGCGCACUGUGCCGCACAUGGCCGGCCUGCACCCACGCGCCUUUCGCACCGUCGCUCCACUGCACACGUCGCGUCCGUUGUCCAAAGGCAUCCUCGACGGCACUUUGCUGCACACGGCCGAAAGCCUGCCGCGAGCCAAGCUCUUAUCCCUCGUGCGAGAUCUGAGCCCACGAAGCACAGGUGGCAUCCACGCGGACGAUCUCCUGCGAUGUCUCGUCCAUCUACAGUCACAUUGGUAG